AUGUCCAUUGUGGUUGAAAAUAGAAUAGAGCUAUUUGAAAACAAAGAUAUCAAAGAGAUAAAUGAUGCUAGAAAUAAAAGAGACACUUACGAAUACAACUACACCAAGAAAAUUAAAACGGAAACAACAGUCAAUUGGAGUGUAAAGAGGACUGAAACUGGCAAUAGUCAAAAAAUAAUUUCUAAUGGUUCAGAAGCAGUUACAGAGGCAUGCUUGAGAUGUAUUUGCCAGGCCAGCUCGGGUUGUCAGCAGGGUUUAACCUGUGUCAAUGAUGUCUGCGGUCCAUUCAAGAUCACCUGGGCGUACUGGGUUGAUGCGGGAAAACUAACUCUGCCUGGCGUUUCUCAGGACUCUGCUGAUCCGUACUCGGGCUGCACCAAUGACGCUCAAUGUGCCGCUGAUACCGUCAAGGGAUAUAUGAGGAGAUUAGGGCAAGACUGUAAUGGAGACGGCGUUGUCAAUUGCUAUGAUUACAUGGCAAUCCACAGACUCGGAGGCUACGGGUGCAAAAAAGACUUGCCGCUUGAAUACGUUAAUGCGUUCCACCAAUGUGUCGCUCAACAGUGAUGGGGAAAAGGUCUAAUUCUGGAACAUUUCAUAAAUAGAACAUAGAUCAGAUUAAAAAAUAAA